ACGAGCGGGCGGCACUCCUCUCCCUCCCUCACUCACUAAGCCAAAGCUGACAGCAGCAUACAAGCACCAGCAGAGCUCUUGCCGAUGGCGGUGGCCAAGCCCCCGCUUCAGACGGCCGCGGUCCUCCUCCUCCUCCUCCUGGUCGUCGCGGCCGCGUCGUGGCUCCAGACCGUCGACGCCGCUUCAGGGUUCUGCUCGAGCAAGUGCAGCGUCCGGUGCGGGCGGGCGGCGAGCGCGCGGGCGCGGGGCGCGUGCAUGAGGUCCUGCGGCCUCUGCUGCGAGGAGUGCAACUGCGUGCCCACGCGGCCGCCGCGCGACGUCAACGAGUGCCCCUGCUACCGCGACAUGCUCACCGCCGGCCCCAGGAAGAGGCCCAAGUGCCCCUGAGGCCGGCUCACACACGGCGCAACCCAAGACACGUGCUCCAUGGGACUGCCACUGCUUUGCCUGCAACUGCGAUCCGAUCCAUGCUGAUGGGCCAGGCAACCUGUUAUGCUAUCCCUACCCUACUACUACGUAUUUGUGUACGUACGUAUCUUUGUAUGCAUCGCGCGUCCGUGUGAUCUAUAAUAUAUAAUCUGCUACCAGGUCCCGUCAGAUGUACUGUUAGUGAUAAGCUGAGCGACUAGAGAGGUACUGAAUCCUCAGUAGUUGGUAGAACGGGCUGUUCCUCGGGACAGUGUGUGUCAUGGUUAGGCUGCCUGUACUAAUUAAUGUACAUGAACUAUUGUGCUAUAUAUAUAUAUUGUCAUAAACGCAUUACGCAUGUAUGUAAAAUACCAAUUUUUUU